AUGGCUCCGCUCACGCCGACCGCCGCGCUCGCCCACCCCCUCGCGGCUCGCUUUGAAUCCCCAUUCGGCUCGGAACGGGACCCGCACGGGGACCUUUUUUUCGUCACUAUUCUCUUCGCGGCGAUCGGAGUAGUUCUGCUAUGCGCUCUGGUGACGGCGCUGGCCAUGAUGUGCAGACUCAAGGCCGCGCAGAGGAGGUUUGAAGAGUCAUUCCCCGGCCGCCUCGCCGAGGCCCUCGCCGACCAGACCGCGAACGAUGGCGGGGACGCUGCGGACGCGCGACGUCCCUCUCGUGCGCGCGAAUGA